GAAGCUGCACGUGCGCAAACGCUGGUCACGUGACUGUCCAACAUGGCUUCCUCGCAGCUGUACGCUUGAACGAUGAAAAGCGCGAUUAUAACUUCUGAUGUCUGUUUUUCGACACGAUUGAUUUCCUUGCUGUUCACACACCAAUGGUUACGAGAUGAAGUUGCGGGUGCAAUUGCAGUGUAAGAACCUUCAUGAGUACCUGAGGGAGCUGAGUCCGGACAUCCUGGACCGGCUGUACAAUCAUCCGGCCACAUGCCUGGCGGUGUACAGGGAACUCCCCCCACUGGCGAAGAACUAUGUGAUGCGGAUGCUUUUUCUGGACCAGCCCCUCCCUCAGGCCGCCAUUGCCCUCUGGGUAAAGAAGGACAGUCAGAAGGAGCAUGACCAGUGCGUGUCGGUGCUGUCCGGACUCCGACUCUGGCACGGCCAGCAGCUGCAGGGGGGGCUGCAGGGGAACAUCCUCAAUCCCAUCUUCAAGGACAACCUGCGGGUGGCGCUGCUGGGGGGGGGCAAGGCGUGGGCAGACGAGGGCAGCAGCCUGGGCCCUGACCGGCACGCGCGGGAUGUGGACAGCCUGGAUCGCUACGCCCUGGAGCGCUGGGAGGUCAUCCUGCACUUCAUGGUGGGCUCGCCGAGCGCGGCCGUCAGCCAGGACCUGGCCCAGCUCCUCAUACAGGCUGGGCUCAUGCGCAGCGAGGCCGGAGAAGCCCCGUGCAUCACCUCGGCGGGGUUUCAGUUUCUGCUUCUGGAUACUGCAUCCCAGCUGUGGUACUUCACCUUGCAGUACCUGAAAACGGCGCAGUCCAGAGGGAUGGACUUGGUGGAAAUUCUGUCCUUUUUGUUCCAGCUCAGCUUCUCUACUCUUGGAAGGGAUUACUCAGUGGAGGGGAUGAGCGAGUCCCUGCUGACCUUCCUGCAGCACCUGCGCGAGUUUGGGCUCGUCUUCCAGAGGAAGAGGAAGUCCCGGCGGUACUAUCCCACGCGGCUGGCCAUCACCCUGGCAGCGGGGGUCACGGCCAACACCGCCUCCGCCCCCACCACGAGCCUCACACCCGGGACCGGCGACUCCGGUUUUAUCGUCGUGGAAACCAAUUACCGCAUUUACGCUUACACAAACUCGGAGCUGCAGAUUGCCCUGGUGGCCCUGUUCAGCGAGAUGCUCUACCGCUUCCCCAAUGUGGUGGUGGCCCACAUCACCAGGGAAUCUGUACAGCAGGCCAUAGCCAACGGCAUCACUGCGCAGCAGAUUAUCCACUUUCUGAGGACGCGAGCUCACCCCGUCAUGCUAAAACAGACCCCAGUUCUCCCACCCACCAUCACAGACCAGAUCAGACUCUGGGAGCUGGAACGUGACCGGCUGUCAUUCACGGAAGGUGUGCUGUAUAAUCAGUUCCUCUCCCAAGCUGACUUUGAGGUACUGAGGGAUAGAGCUCAGGGCCUCGGUGUGCUGGUUUGGCAGAAUGCCCCCCACAGGGUGAUGGUCGUGACACCGCAUGGACACAGUGAGGUGAAAAGGUUCUGGAAACGGCAGAAAAGCCAUACGUAGGAUUCAUGGAAGCCAGUGCUGACCAUAGCUGUAUGUGGGAUGGACAAAGAAGAAACAUCCAAUGGGAUAUUCAGACUGAAGGCGAAGGACAUUUUGACUAAAUACAGAUAUCUGAGAACAAAAAAAAUCCCUUUUAAAUUUAUGAGGGAUGUUAAACUGGUGGCAAAAUAAAAAUGGUUUUGAAUGUAUGGUGUAUUCCUGUAGAAUAAGUAGAGUAUUUUAUUGAAUUACAUAACAUUUUUGGCUGUACAAAAUAAAAUAAUAAAAGGAUGAUAUUUGGCUGAGAAAUACAAAUAUUAACUGAAAUGUGACCAGCUAAAUUACUAUUAAAACAUAAAGCAAUAAAACCGAAAAUUUUGUACA